AUGAUGAAAGUAGAAAGAGUCAAAGAUGCAUUGAGAAGCUCCCGCAAUAUUUAAGAUCGCCUUUCAUGGUCAAACAUGAUGCAGCGUUCAAGAGAGUAGAUGUUGCUAAAAGAAGGAUGGCUGAUUAUGCAUUUGCUGAAGGACCAAUUGAUGAGCUUUUGUACAACGAUAAGCUAAACAAAAUCACAAGAGAAGAAAUGAAAAGUCUUGCGGGCGAAAAUCAUAUGCUCAACAAUAUAGCUGAUGCAUGGGCAUACCUUUUAAAUGUUGAAAACAGAAGGCGAGGUGUAGGAACAGAAAGUAGAUUUUUCUUCAGCACAAAGCCAUAUGACAUCUUAUGCAAAGAUAAGUACUUUCUUUCGAGUAUCAAGUUCAAUGAAAGAUAUCCUGCUUUGUUUAAAAGAAUGGAUGAAGAACUAGCACAUGCUAAAGUAACAAGCUUGCAAAGAGUUCAAUUGGUGUUUUUUCCGAUAGUUAAUGGUGGUCAUUACUAUCUAUUGUGCAUUAACUUCAUGAAUGGCAGUUUGGACGUGAUUGACAACCAAUGCAUUACACCCCCUAUGACGUAUUUGGGAAAAUACAAGAAUGAACCAAGAAAUAUGUUGAAAGGCUUCGCAGAAUAUUAUUUUGCAAGACACAAUGGAGGAAACAAAAGUUCUGUAACUGAUUUCAAAACAAGAAACCUGAAUAUGAAAUGGAAAAGCAACGCCAAUUAUGAUGAUUGUGGAGUGUUUUUGCUGAAGCACAUGGAAACUUAUUAUGGAGAGAGUGCAAAGGAAUGGAAUCCGGGACUGGAAAAAGACAACUUUGAGCAAAUGAAGAGAUUGAGAGUUGAAUAUUGUGGAAAGUUAUUGGCGCACAAAGAGAAUGAUGAACAUCAUACAAUGAUUUCAAAAUCAAGAACAUGGGCACUAGAAAACAAAAUUUGAGGAAAUUGUAAUAGCUAGUUGUAGAUCAAUGCUAGAAACAUGUAGCUUACAUGUAGCAUCAAAUUUCGUACUUGUUAUAAAUAGGUUGUGUUGAAGAUGUAGCUUAAAUGCUUAGAAUUUUUGGCUUUCUUGUUAGAACAUAUUUCUGAAGUGGUUAGAACAUUUAUGUGAAUUUCUUGUUAGUAUUAUAAAUACUAUGAGUAUUAGCAUAAU